UGAUCCAAGACGCUCUUGCGCGCAAGGUUAAGAAAAUCUGGAAUUGAUUUUAAUGGGGAGUAGCCUAUCCCUCGCUUGCUUUUCAACCUAUGGAUGUAUUGGUCUCUUUUCACUUGUACUGGACGGAGCGGGCGAGUGCAGUGGCUCACCUCUGUACUGUGUCCCCCUUGCCUUGCUCAUGAUAUCUGUCGCUUUUGGAGAAUACUGAACGUGCCUCUAUUUCUAAACAGCUUUGUAUAAUGUACCGUCCUCGAAACGCUCGAGACUGAGCAGACGGGACUUGUCCAUUGCGUUUGGGAAGAAGAUUUUCUUCUGACAGAUGCACAUUUAUUUUUGAUUGUUUUGGACCUGAAACGUUGGACUGUGUUGUCGUUUUAAGAAUCGCCAAUACACCGCUCUUGGGCAAGUUUGAUGUCCAUUUUACGCAUUUAACACGACAGGCUGCGGUGGUCACGGUCACCCUAAAGGAAGGGUCUCCUUCCACUCCCCCUCUCACACCUACACAUACACUCCCUCGGACACACACGCACACACACGCAGGAUGAGGGAAGCCUGGAGGUGCCUGCUGGGGCUUUGCCUCCUGGCAUGCUCUGCCUCUCCCGCCUCUCCUAACGGUGCUGCCAAUCCCUUCGCUGGGCAGCAGACACCCCCAGACCCAUGCUAUGACGACGCAGGCGCUGCCCGCCGCUGUAUCCCCGAGUUCAUCAACGCCGCCUUUGGCAAGGAGGUGGCCGUGUCCAGUGUGUGCGGCCGGCCGACGCCGUCCCGCUCUUGUAGUGUGGUGGAGCGCGGUGAUGAGCGGCCCUCAGUGCGCACCUGCCAGAUCUGCGACGCGGCGGACCCGCGGCGUGCCCAUCCGCCCUCCUACCUCACUGACCUCAACUCGGCCCACAACCUCACCUGCUGGCAAUCGGAGAACCUGCACACCUCGCCGCACAACGUCACCCUCACCCUGUCGCUGGGCAAGAAGUUUGAGAUCACCUACGUCAGCCUGCAGUUCUGCUCGCCCCGCCCUGAGUCACUGGCCAUCUACAAGAGCAUGGACUAUGGCAAGAGCUGGACUCCUUACCAGUACUACUCGUCCCAGUGUCGGCGCAUGUACAACCGGCCCAACAAGGCGGCCAUCACCAAGCAGAACGAGCAGGAGGGCCUGUGCACCGAUGGCCACACCGACCUCUACCCUCUAUCCGGGGGGCUCAUUGCCUUCAGCACUCUGGAUGGGCGGCCUUCCGGGAAGGACUUUGACAACAGCCCUGUGCUCCAGGACUGGGUGACAGUCACUGACAUCCGUGUAGUUUUCAGCCGGCCCCAGCUGCCACGUGAGCUAGGGGCAGGAGGAGUGGGGAUAGGCGGGGGAGGCCGGAUUGACGAAGACCCAAUGGUACCGUCCACGUCUCUGCCGGCGUACUUCUACGCGGUGGGGGACUUCCAGGUGGGCGGGAGGUGUAAGUGCAACGGGCACGCCUCACGCUGCCUCAAAGACAAGGAGGGCAAGCUGGUGUGCGACUGCAAGCACAACACGGAGGGGCCCGAGUGUGACCGCUGCAAGCCCUUUCACUACGACCGGCCGUGGCAAAGGGCCAGCGCUCGCGAGGCCAACGAGUGUCUACCGUGCAACUGCAACCUACACGCCCGGCGCUGCCGCUUCAACAUGGAGCUGUACAAGUUGUCGGGGAGGAAGAGCGGAGGCGUGUGUAUGAACUGUCGCCACAACACGGCCGGACGCCACUGCCACUACUGCAAGGAGGGCUUCUACCGGGAUAUGGCCAGGCCCAUCACACACCGCCGUGCCUGCAAAGCCUGUGACUGCCACCCGGUGGGUGCGGCAGGUAAGACGUGUAACCAGACGACAGGCCAGUGCCCCUGUAAGGACGGCGUGACGGGCAUCACAUGCAACCGCUGUGCAAAGGGCUACCAACAGAGCCGCUCACCUGUGGCCCCCUGCAUCAAGAUCCCAGUGGUGAACCCUACAGCCAUGGUCAGCAGCAGCACAGAGGAACCGGCAGCGGAUUGUGAAUCCUAUUGCAAACCAGUGAAAGGGAAUCUGAAGAUCAACAUGAAGAAAUACUGCAAGAAAGACUAUGCGGUGCAAGUCAACGUGCUGGACAUGGAGACGGUGGGCGACUGGGCCAAGUUCUCGGUCAACGUGGUCUCGGUCUACAAGAGCCGCGGCGAGCCACUCAAACGGGGCGACAACGUGCUAUGGAUCCAUAUGAAGGACCUGGCCUGCAAGUGUCCCAAAAUCCAGAUGAGCAAGCGCUUCCUGGUGAUGGGCACCAGCGAGACCGGGCCGGGGGGCCCUGGGGCCGGGGGGCCCGGGGCUGGACCAGGGGCUGCUGGGGCUGCUGCAGGAGCAGAGCGCGUAGGGCUCCUGGCCGAUAAGAACAGCCUGGUCAUCCAGUGGAGAGACGUUUGGACGCGGCGCCUCCGGAAGUUCCAGCGCAAAGAGAAGAAGGGCAAGUGCAGCAAAGCAUGAUGGGGGAGAGAGCAGCGCAUCCUCAGCCAACCCCCCCAUGACCCCACCCCUACUCCUACCUCCCCACGACCCCUUCCUAGCUCUCGGCUAGUUCGCAGGAUAGAACACGACCCCCCUAACCCCCUAAAAACCCUGACCCCC